AAAAGGUGGCUAAGUGAUGCAUCAAUGGAGGAAAAGUGAUUUGAUUCAAAAUUCAAACCUUUUGGGAAUUAGUGAUUCAAUCGAAACGGUUGAAGGAUUGAUUUUUGAGUUUUAAUUAAAUCACAAAUUCCCAAAAGUUUUGACAAAGAGACUCUCAAUAAAUUCGAAAUCAAGGGGAAGCUCAAAAGGUUUGCUUUUUAAUGGUUCUUGGGUUUAAAGUGUUUCGGCUCUUAGCUAUUGGUGCAGCAAUUAGUAUUCCUCUUAAAAGAUAGAUGGAGCCUUCGGGAACUAAUAUAUAUACGAGACGAGGGUCAGGUCCUAUACUUGUGACUCAUAGAAUUUUUGCUAUUUUUCUCGUUGAUAUUGUUUGAUGGCUGAAGAAGUUUCAGAAGAUCCCAAGUUUACUUUGAGACUUUUAAUUGAUGAAGAGAAGAACAAGGUCUUUUUGGCUGAGGCUGAUAGAGACUUUGUCGAUGUGCUCUUCAGUUUUCUGACGCUACCGAUGGGCACCAUUGUCAGAUUGAUCGAGAAGAAUCGAAAAUCUGACAAUAUUGGCUGUUUUAGCAACCUCUACAAAAGCGCUGCGGAGGUGGGGAUUGACAAUUUCGAGACUGAAGCUUGUCAGGAGAUGUGGCUUAAUCCAAGGAGUGUGAAGGAGAUCCACUGCAAAAGGCUGAAGCUCAACAUCAACCCUGUUGAUGAUGAUCUCAACUACUUUAAGUGCUCUUCGUUCUCAGAAUGCAACUGUUGCAGCAAUUUUAGCGGCUCUGAGUGUGUCUGUGGAGAGUUGAUGGACCAGAAAAUUGAAAUAUCUGAAGAAGAUCAAGUAAUACAAGAUGGUGUUGAUGGAGUAUUUGUCAAAGGCAGGUCUUCAUUCAUCAUCACCGACGACUUUGUUGUCUCUGUUGGUUCUACUGGUCUCGUCUUGAAAACGCUCAAUCGUCUAGGUUGUUCUGAUGUUAGUAAGCUUGGUGAACAGUUUCUUGAUGUUGGUCUCCAAGAGAUUCUUACUCUUCUGGAGAAUAUUAUCUUUUCAAAUACUCCUUUGACAAACACUUUCUUGAAGAAGCAAAGUCAACACGAUGUGAGGGACAUACAGAAGCUUUUGAGUCCAGGUGUGAAGGUAAAAACAGAUGAUGAAGGAAUAGAAUUUACUUUGCAGUUGGAUGCAAUAGUAAGGAAGCAGGACAUGAAGGUUUUAUAUGUUGAAUGUGGAGAAGACUUUGUUGAUCUUCUCUUCACUUUCCUGGCUGUCCCUCUGGAAUUUGUAUGUGAUAUUAAUUUAGGGUGCAUUGGAAAUCUCCGCAGAAGCUUCAAAGACUUGAGUGUUGUUGAUCAAACAGCUUCCAAAUGCGUGCUUCCUUAUUACUAUAAAUGUCAGAAGCAGUUGUCUGGCAUCACCACUGAAGAACCACCGGUUUACUACCGUUACAGGAAUUCCAAUCCUCGCCAACCUGACUAUAGUCUGACCACAGAUCCUGAUAGGACUCUGCUCUAUCGAAAGGACAGACUAGUUCCUGUGACUUUGAUUGAUCCAAAAUCUCGUGGUAAAGUCCAGUCAGAGAAUGGAAGUGGGUUUGUGAAGAGAGGAACAAGGUUUACAGUUACAGAUGAUCUGGUAAUCACACCUAGGAAUUCCUUGAGCACAUCUAUUUGCCUUCUGAAGAAGUUGCAGAUUCAGGCUGAUGAUCUGGAGGUGCAAGUAAUAAGCAUCCGUGAAGCCGAGGCAAUGAGUCUGAUGAGAGCUUCCUUGUUGACAUCCUCUGCUUUGAACUCUGCUUUAUGGAACUUGGUUGCGAAGAAGAAGAUCAAGGAAGAGACUUGAAAGAACAGAGGUCCUCAGUUGCUAGUGCUUCUUUAUUAUGAUCUGAAAAGACAUUUCUUAAUGCAUGAUCUUGAACUAUUUAAACUCCACAUGGUUCUAUCUUUUAUAUUUUUGCUGGUUUUUCCUUGGG